AUGCAAGUCUAUGCUGAGAGGGCCAAUCGUGGUGCCAAGAACGAUACAGUGUCGGAGAGGGAGGCCGUCACACGCACCUUCGUUCCUCUAAACAAGAGCGAUAUCAUCAUGGGCAUUAGCUUGCUCGGCUCCAGCAAGUCGCGGCUCCGAGGUGUUCUCGAGAAGUUCCUAGUGGCGGAUGUCGGUGGAAUCAUUGAUAUCAUCGUGCAUGAGAAGGAGAGCGCGCAGGAUUGGAUCAUUCACAAGGUCCAUGAAGCUUGUGCUAGCUCCGGUGCACUUGGAGGUGGGACUUACGUCGACUCCAACUUUCUGGAGUUUCUCAGGAAGAAGAUCGGCUGCUUCGACACUUUCAAGCAGCAGGAGCCGGAUGUGGUGCACAGGAUCUUGAGCUGGUGGCUCGGACCCAAGGGCAAGUGCACGUUCGACGGAAGCGGCUCCAAGUUUUUGGAAAUCCCUGCAAAGUUGUCCAAGGCAUGGAAGAAGCACGACAAGGCGGAGCUGGGAUUCCCAGAGAGCAGUGACUACUACGACGAGAUCGAGAUCAGGUGUGAGCAGAUGAAGGCGAUCUUUGACACCGAAGCCGACAAGACCAUCAAGCUGAUCGACGAGAAACUUCGCAAAGUUGACAACGUCAAGUACAUCCUUCUGGUGGGAGGCUUCUCCGAGAGUCGCUACCUGUUCAACAGGAUCAGGUUCGAAGACUUGGUCUCGCCCCCGAAUCCCGGUUCCGCAGUGUGCCGGGGCGCAGUGGCUCUUGGAGUUGGAACAGGCGUGGUUCUCUCCAGGAUCUCCAAAAACUCUUUAUGGCAUUGCGACGAGUCGCUAUGCACGGUAGGACGAUCCACCAGCAUCCAAGUCUAUCGACAACUAUGGAAUCGAGAGAUGCAGCGUCUUUAGCCUCUACGUCAAGAAGGACGAGUCAGUCUCGGAGAACCAGGAGAUCACGCACUCGUUCUUUCCCAUAUACACUGACCAGAAAGCCUUGAGGAUCGACUUACUCAUCU